UGUACCUGCACUCCGCCUCACCACCAGCGUCUUUGAGACUCUAUCCUCUCGACCAUGCCGUUCUCCUAGAAGUCUCACUCUCCCACCGCUGUCCAACAGGGAAAAAUAGUAAAAACAUAGCACGAAACACACCACAAUGCUUCCACCCUCCACCCUCCCACCUUCUCCACCACUACAACAAACAUGACCACCACCACCCGCCCCCUCCUCCGCAUCCCCUAUACCACCCCCCUCCCGCCCGGCCGCCCAAUCCCCUCCACCGCCUCCACCCUCCCGGGCGCCAUCACCGCCCUCGCAGAAUUCCUCUCCGCCUCGUGGCCCUCCUCCCCCAACUACACUCCCUUCUCUCCCCUCCUCCCCUCCCAAUCCACCCUCCCCCAAUCCCUCCUCGCCCGCAAACAGCGCACCCUGAUCCUCUCGGGCGCCGGCCUCAGCGUCGCCUCCGGCCUGCCCGACUACCGAGGCCCCCGCGGCACCUACACGCUGAACCAGAACUACCGACCCAUCUACUACCACGAGUUUUGCUCGAACCACGAGGCGCGGAAGCGGUACUGGGCAAGGAGUUUCCUGGGGUGGCCCGUGGUGCAGCGGGCGAGGGGGAAUCGGGGGCAUGUUGCUGUGGAGGCGUUGGCGGGGAUGGGCGUCGUGGGUGGGGUGGUUACGCAGAACGUCGACGCCCUCCACACAACCCCCUCCUCCCCCCUACCCAUACCCAUCAUAAACCUCCACGGCACCCUCACAACCCUAACCUGCCUAACCUGCCGCACCCCCCAUCCACGCACACACUUCCAAACCACCCUCUCAACCCUCAACCCCACCUUCUCCGCCCUCCUAUCCACCCUCCUCGAAUCCAACGCCCUCUCCACCUCAGAUCCCACCGAGAAGCAACGGAGAGCAGGACGAGCAGGCCUCGAAACAAACCCCGACGGCGACAUCUCCCUCCCCGGCCUCAACCUCAAAUACACGCACUUCCGCUACCCCGCCUGCCCCACCUGCCUCACCAACCCAGACGUAGAAACGCACGUCGAUUCCGCCGGCGCCUUACUCCCCACCUCUCCCGCAGGCAUCCUCAAACCAAACGUCACCAUGUUCGGCGAAUCGCUUUGCCCAGAGACGAAGCGCGCGGCGGAGCGCGCCGUCGAUGAAGCGGCGAGGUUAUUGGUGGUGGGGAGUAGUUUGGCGACGUAUAGCGCGUUUCGACUGGUUAAGAGGGCGAGGGAGCAGGGGAUGAGGGUGGGGGUGGUGAGUGUGGGCGGUGUGAGGGGGGAGGGGGAGAUUUUCUUUGGUGGUGGUGGUGGUGCGCUUGGCGGGGGCGAUGGGGAUGGGGGUGGGGAUGGGGCUGGGGCUAGGGGUAGGAGGGGGGAGAAGGGGAAUCAGAGGGUGAUUCAGGAGGUGCUGGAGAUGGGGGCGGGGAGGGAGGGCGUCAGGAUCAAUCUUGAGGCUGAGGAUGUGUUGAGCGGUGUUGUCGAGGUGCUGGGUGGGGGGAAGGUGGAGAUGGAGAUGGAGAUGGAGCGAGGGGCUGAGUAUGGCGUUGGAUAGGGCGGAAUUGUGGAGGUGAGAAGAAGUGUAUUUAUGUGGCGUGUAUGAUCAAGACCCCUGCAUAACUUGCGUAGUAAAUGGGCAUCUACCACAGGGAUAGAUGGAAAGAAACGGUGCAUUCGAACAGACACACCAGAGUAGAUAUCGAAAUCACGACUCGACUUGUUGACCAUCACAC